AUGUGUUGUUUGCUUUUAAGUUCUAUCUCAAGAAAGUAUGAAACCUUCAAAAUUAAUUCGACAUCUGGAAACAAAUCACCCACUUUUACAUCAUAUUUAGUAGCACUUAGAGUAGCUAAGGAAUCAAUGCCACACACGAUUACUGAGAACCUCAUUCUACCCGCUGCUAUUGAUAUGGUCAAUAUUAUGAUAGAUGCAGAAGAAGCAAACAAAUUAAAAACUAUUCCACUUUCAAAUGACACAAUAUCAAGACGAAUUAAUGAAAUGUCAACUGAUGUCCUCAAUCAAAUAUUUGACGAAUCAAUAGACGUAACAAACUUGGCACAAUUUUUAUGUUUUGUUCGCUACGAAUGUGACGGGACAAUUAAAGAAAAUAUGCUUUUUUGCAAAUCAAUACCAGGUCAUACUACUGGACAAGGUCUUUUUGAAUUAUUUAUUGAAACAACAAAAAAUGAAAAUUUGGACUGGAACAAAUGUAUUUCAGUGUAUUCUGAUGGCGCAAAAGCAAUAACAGGGAAAAAUAGUGGUUUAAUAGUAAAAUUAAAAGAAUUAAUGCCACAUAUUGAAUGGACACAUUGUUUUCUUCACAGACAUGCACUUGCCGCAAAAAAAAAUGCCAGAUAA